GAGCGCAUUCAGUUUGGGACACCAUUUGCAGCUGGAGAUGGGGAAUGGACUGUCAGACCAGACUUCCAUCCUGUCCAGCCUGCCGUCCUUUCAGUCCUUUCACAUUGUUAUUCUUGGUUUGGACUGUGCUGGAAAGACAACCGUUUUAUACAGGCUGCAGUUCAACGAAUUUGUAAAUACCGUACCUACCAAAGGAUUUAACACUGAGAAAAUUAAGGUAACCUUGGGCAAUUCGAAAACAGUCACUUUCCACUUCUGGGAUGUAGAUGGUCAAGAGAAAUUAAGACCGCUGUGGAAGUCAUAUACCCGAUGCACAGAUGGCAUUGUGUUUGUGGUGGACUCUGUCGAUGUUGAGAGAAUGGAAGAAGCCAAAACUGAACUUCAUAAAAUAACUAGGAUAUCAGAAAAUCAGGGAGUCCCUGUGCUUAUAGUUGCUAACAAACAAGACCUGAGGAACUCACUCUCUCUCUCAGAAAUUGAGAAGUUGUUAGCAAUGGGUGAACUGAGCUCAUCGACUCCUUGGCAUUUGCAGCCCACCUGUGCAAUCAUAGGAAAUGGGCUAAAGGAAGGACUUGAGAAACUACACGAUAUGAUAAUUAAAAGGAAAAAAAUGUUGCAGCAACAGAAAAAGAAGAGAUGAAUGGCAGUACCUUUUAUGUCGGUGUGGAAUAGGUUUUCCUUGGUCUGAUUUCUGACAAGCUGAAGAGUGUCUACAGCCUGGUUUGCCUGUCUGCCCUCAUGGAUGCUAUUAAAGCUUUGUUUUGUUGAACAGUCAGAUACCC